AUGAGCUUGGAGAAGUAUUUUCGUAAAGUUUCAAAAAUAUGUUCAACGUCUCAAAAUCAAUCCCGACGAAAUGAAGAUGUUGAUCAAAUAGAAAUACUAUCUCAGUCUUCUCAGAGACAAAAAUUUGAUGUAAAUGAUCUAAAGGCUGACCCUGCUGAAAGACCUCCGAUUUUGAGUUAUCCUCCGAACAUUCGUGAUGAGAUAAGAAGGGCAUACAUUCUAAAACGUCCUUGCCAGCCUCAAGAUCAUGAGUUUCCUCAAACAGACUUUUCUGGAACUCCACGUCGUUUUGUUUCUAAAUGGUUUGAUGAAUAUUCUGAUUGGUUGGAACAUAGUGUAAGUGCAGAUGCAGUUUAUUGUUUGUCUUGUUAUUUAUUUCAAGGCGAAAGCAUUCAUCAAGGUGAUGGUAAUACAUUUUCGACGAAGGAAUUUAAAAAUGGGCACAAAAAAGAUAGCUUUGCAACUCAUAUUGGUCCUCCGAAUAGCAUUCAUAAUCAAUCAAAAAAGAAGUGUGAAGAUCUUAUGAGGGAAGAACAAUCUAUUGAGGCUGCAUUUUACAAGUUGGACGAGAAAAGUAAGAAUGAAUAUCGAGUUCGGUUAAAUGCUUCAAUCGAUGUGGUUCGAUUUCUUCUAAAUCAAGGUUUAGCACUUCGCGGUCAUGAUGAAAGUGAAUCAUCCUUGAACAAAGAAAAAGCUCCAAAAAAUAAUAAAAUGAUUUCUCAUGAUAUUCAAAAAGAUAUUGUGACUGCGUGUAAGAUUGAAACAAUCAAAGCUAUAAUAAAGGAUUUAGAUGGUGAAUUCUUUGCUUUGUUGAUUGAUGAAUCAAGAGACAAAAAAGAACAAGAUAUUGCUAAUGCCAUGAUUCUUGUAAAAGUAGCAAAGAGAAGAUUGCAAGCAUUACGAGAUAAUGAAUGGGAUCCUAUUUUAAAAAAAAUGUUGGUUGGAAUUCGCUCAAAGAAAAGGUCGAGGCAUUUUCUACAAGAACUUAAUGACCGUUUUAAUGAGGUGACAAGUGAUUUUCUUAAUGGUGUAGCUUGCUUGAAUCCAAUUGAUACGUUUUCUAGUUUUGACAUCCAAAAGAUAUUGGUGAUGGCUAAAUUAUAUCCUGAUGACUUUGAUGAGUUCAACAUGAGGGUUCUUGAGAAUCAACUUGUUAAUUAUAUUUUUGAUGUUUGUGAUAUUGAUAAAAGAUUCUCCAAUUUAGGUGGAUUUGGGGAACUUUCAAGAAAGUUGGUUGACAAAGAAGCACUUAACCUAUCCUCUUGUAUUUCUUUUAGUGAAGUUUGUUUUGCUUCUACCCGUAGCCACUGCAUCAGUUGA